UAAGAGGUAUCGAUAUACAAAGCUGUUGUGUAAAUCGUAAUUUAUUUAGCGUAAACAGUGUAAAUAGCAAUAUGCGCUAUAAUCUGUUAGCCAGUUCGUUAAAAUUGCUGAAUAGCACGAAAACCCACAAUUUGUUCUUGGUGAACGUGCGCAGCUUGACCGGCGCCGCCCACACCAACGAUGCAGUGGCUCCGACCACGCGCCCACCGCCCGCAGAAUCGAGGAAUCCCGGAGAGGAGCAACGAUCACUGCACAUCGCGGUAAUUGGAGUGCCCAAUGUGGGAAAGAGCACGUUCAUCAACAACACGGUGAACCACCGAGUGUGUCCCACCUCGGCCAAGGUGCACACCACUCGGCAGUCGAACACGGCCAUUUACACCACCGGCCAGACGCAGUUGGUCUUUUACGAUACGCCGGGCCUGGUCACGCAACAUGAGAUUCGUCGGCACCACCUGGACCAGAACUUUAAGAGUGCCUACCGCCAUGCCAUACAGCAUGCGGACAUCAUCGCCGUGGUGCACGAUGCCUCAAAUGCCUGGACUAGGAAGGAACUGCAUCCCACUGUCUUGGAUACGCUGAAGGCGUAUAGCAACCUGCCCAGUUUCCUGGUGCUGAAUAAGAUAGACGCCCUGAAGUCGAAGCGUUUGCUGUUGGAUCUGAUCAAGACACUCACCAACGACACCUUGACAGUUGGCAAGCGGGAAGUCCAGGCAAAAAGUGCUCUCGCCAAGGAAAUAAGAAUCAACAAGCGGGAGUCUAGCUGGAGCCAUUUUAGCGACGUGUUUCUUGUUUCCGCCUUGACCGGCAAUGGGCUGCAGGAGAUGCAGAACUACCUGGUGGGCCAGGCUAAGCCCAGGGAUUGGAAAUACCCAGCUGACAUUCAUACGGACUCCAGCCCAGAAGCAUUAAUUGUGGAGAGUGUGCGGGCUCGUCUGCUGGACUACUUGCCGCAGGAGAUACCCUACAACCUUAAGUGCGAGAUCGAGUACUACAGUGUGGAAAAAAAUGUUGUCUACACAUCCGUGCAGGUUCAGUGCCCCACCACGCGAAUCGAGCGCCUAAUCUGUGGCGAGGGUAAUGGCAAGCUGCGGCAGAUCACGGAGCGAGUUACAUCAGACCUGGUGGAGAUGUUCGGCCAAGCAGUGUCCCUUACUAUAUCUACAGUUUCCAAGGGCAAGAAGACCGCCGCUUGAGCACUUGUUGAUUACUUGUACUUUAUUUGUAACGUUGCAUAAACCUAAGAGUUCAC